GUGACAAUGGAGACAAUUAUUCUUCUGCAGUUAAUAUCCUCGAUAUUUCAAACGAUUUAUAUAAAUGGGUUUCCUUAUAUACUCUACGUACACCAGAUUUGAAAGCAACAGCUCCCCCCAAUAACCUGAACACACUGAACAUUGGAAUAGUUGUGGGGUUAAUAGUUGCGAGUGUUGUGAGCGUUGGAUUAUUAGCUAUUAUUAGCUAUUUAAUUUAUUCUAGGAAUAAGUUUAAAAAAGAAUUUAAGUCAAUAGAAGAUUCUAGUAACGAGGUGAUUAAGUCGACGGAAAUUCAACAUUCUAGUAAUGAAGUGGUUGACGAUAGGUGA